AUGACAGCCUGGUCACUUCCAAUAUCUCAACUUAUUGUUCAAACCUAUGAUGGAGAUGUAACAAACGAUGGAGUAUUUUCAGGGACUGGAACAGCAGUAUACCAUGCUGGUCAUCGCUACAAUGGACAAUUUACCAAUGGCAUGCUAAAAGGUCUAGGCACAUAUAUAUGGUCAGAUGGCGUUAGAUACGAAGGCCAGUUUCAUGAUAAUGAGAUUACUGGCAGCGGAACUUAUACUUGGAACGAUGGGUACACUUACCAAGGGGAGGUUAAACAAGCGCUGAGAAAUGGAGUUGGAAAAUUUGAAUAUCUAGGUGGCGAUUGUUUUUACAGCGGUGAAUGGAGUGAAGGAAAGCCAAACGGACAGGGACUUCUCCAAUACGAUAAAGUAUCAUUUUAUAAGGGAGGCUGGAAGGAUGGACAAAGAAAUGGCAAGGGCACGAUGUGCUACAGAUCAAGAAACCUUUAUGACGGAGAGUGGCAAAAUGGAAUCAAGCACGGCAUUGGAAAAAUGGUUUGGAGCAAUCGUGGCGAAGAGUACUCUGGCGAAUGGAAGGAUGGAAAGCCAACUGGAACUGGCAUUUACUUGUGGAAAAUCCAAACUGGUCGACCACACCAGUAUCCAAUGUAUAAUAGAUACGAGGGCAAAUGGCUAGAUGGAAAAAGACAUGGAUACGGUGUUUUCCAGUAUUCUAGUGGUGCAACCUAUCAAGGAGAGUGGCAUGGAAAAGGAAAAUACAUUUCUGAAUACGGCCGUCAAUACAUUGGUGAGUUUCAAAAUGAUCGCCCAGUUGGUAAUUUCGAGCGGUUUUCAAACAAUUUGCCGUACUUGUUUUUGGCUACAUCUGAAAAUUUGGAGCAUGCUUCAACUUCUGGAGCAGUUAUCAAGGAAAUUCACGAUAUCAUCAAUCGACAUUAUGAUUUGUUGUGCCAGACUUAUACCCACUAUAGCAAGCCAGCAAUAGAUUUGGAUAACCCAAAACAUGUGUUGACUCGAGAAAGUAUGUGGCAACUUUUUGCAGAUAUUGGAAUAGUUCAGCAGGGAAUCACAUUUGCGGAUCUAAAUCGCGCAUUUGCCAAAGAGUUUUAUAAUCAUCCUUUUUUUGGAGAACGCUAUCAGGAUCCGCAUAACUCGCAUGAGCAAUUUAUUCUACACGACUUUUACGAGUGGUUAUUGCUUGUAAGCAACUACGUAUAUAGAAACAGUCCUCGACUAUCUAUUCACGAACAUGGACAAGCUGCAACACUAGCUUAUCUGAUAAAGCAGAAUUUGAUUCCAAAAAUGCAUCAAUUGGAAUUAAGCAAACAGUCCACCCCAACAAAAUAUGAGUUGUUUAUGCGGUUGAUUCACGAGCAUUUCCAAGACAAUUAUAGUCGAGAGGUUGAGCAGCUGUACAUUCAGUGGGCAAAAACUCAUUCCAAAGCAUUGCCAAAAUCCAAAAAAGACAAGACACUCAGCAUCAGAGAGUUGAUUUUAGUGCUCAAGGAUUACAAUAUUCUUGCAACUCUAGCAGCACAAAUCACUAUUUCUUUUGUAAUUCAACAUUUUUCAAAAUCAAUUCCAAACGUAGCUGAUUCAUCAAGCUACAACUUGGAGUUUGAGGUGAAUUUUGUAUCGAUUUUGUAA